GGUCAAGGGUAGAUAACUCCAAUUCGCAGGCCAGGCAUGCUCCCCAUAUGAAAUGAUAAGUUUGGUGGUCAAGGCAUAGACAAACUCGAUGUGGGUAUAUCACAGUUUGAUUUGAUUUAAAUCAUGGCAGGCAGUCGAAUUGAGAGAUUUGGAACGAUAUAUUCAAGGCUUCAAGGGUUGUUGAAGUCUGGAGCACUGAGUCAGGUGGACUGCCCAAUAUGGAAGUCGGUGUAUGAAGCUUUCCCCCCUCAGACGGAACCAAUGCAUGAGAGAGAGAUUCCAGACCAGAAAGUCAGGCCUAUUCUCUACCCAGAAGACUUUGUGCGAGUAAGGUACUACAAUACGUUUGGUAACACAGACGUUGUGGAUCUGAGCAAUGAGUCUGUGAAGACAACAUGUCAGAAAUUUGUGGAGAAAUACUUCGACCUACAGCAGAAGGGUGUCCACCCGGACGAUUUGUUUGACAAGACGACAGAGAUCUUGAAGGCCGAAAAUGCACGGCUUCGUUCAACAGAUGAAAUGCCACAGUCAAUCUCAAACAUGGAGUCAAGCAAGGACGAUGGAGAGAAGUUGUAACCGGUAGCAACAAGAUGGGACAAGCAAUCAAACCUGUGUGAACUUAUGUACUGAAUGAGGCUUACCAGCAUUGUCAACUCAGAUACUAGUAUCAAGAGAACCUCCUUUAUCAAGACAUAUACAUACAGGAGAUCAUCAUUGGGAGCCACCCAGUAUGUUAAUGUGAAAACAGGGAUCAUGGACAUUGUAAGGUUGUCAGUAAAACCUCAUAGUAUUCUCAGUGUGUUUAAAUCCUCCCAGCUGUGGGACAGGCAUGAAGCCACUUGGAAUGGUACAAUGAUACACUGGACCACUUUGUACCAUGAUACAAGGUCUGACUUUUGAAAUUUGCAUUGUUUGUAGUUUAAUCCUGUUUUUAAUCCUACUGUGAAACAAAUGUGCUCAUCUAAUUUGUGUAAAUGUUAAUACAUUGUAUUAAGUUUUGUUUUGUAAUAGUGAAAUUGAUCAUGUUCUACAGUAACACAGUGCUCUUUGUGAUGCUUGAACAUCAAUAGGCGUAGGGAAAACAUUGCUCUGUAGACAAGGCCACUAUUGUAUACGGCAUUAGAAUGAGUGGGCAUGUUUAAAAGUGUAUGAUGUGUGUGUGAGAAAAUAAAAAACAUCAAAUCUUCAAAA